UGGGCCAAUGUUUAUGUGUAGUUGCAUUUGAAACGCUGUUUUCUUUAAGUUAUGGUCUACGAUGCAUGAGUUCGUAUUGUUAUUGCAACUAAUGGCAAUGAGAGAAUCGGCACGCAAUUGUGUUGAUUUUUGCUGUUGUGGAUGAAUUUAGUAGUCGAGUAUAUGAACUGUACCUGCUGAAAAAGAUUUCUAUUUCUUGUUUGAUCUUUUGUCUUCUUCUUACAAGUCCAAAUACUGUGGAGUAUUUCUAUAUAUAUGUAUAUUUUCUUUUUCUGGAUAAGCUGUAAGCUACAUGUUCAAUUCGAAGAUUUCUUCUAUUUUUCGUUUUAUUUUUCUUUUGAAUUGCGGGUUUGACUGCUUUGGAUGCAACCAUGGACCGAUGUCUUAUGGCCUGAAAAUUAUACCCGAACCAUGAUAGAUCUGCCAAGUUUAUUUGGAAGUUAGUGAAUUCUCCAUCGCGGUAGCCACUUUAUGGUCGGUACAAUUGUCAAAACAUACUCCGGUUAUUCCCGCUACCAUAUGUAGUCAUUACUUAAAUAGUGGUUAACGUGAUCGGUCUGCGCAGUUCGUUAUUAACUUUUCUUUUUCUUUCUUCCUUUACGCUGUUUGUCAUGUUGUUUGGCUGCAUGCAGGAUCUCGGACUUCUUUCUUCCUCUGGCUCCCCCCUCCAAAACGCAUUCAAAUUUCUGAAUUCUUAUUGCUUCUGUUGUUUUUUUAAUUGUCUGUCACCAUACCUGUUCCUGUUCCUCGUUUAUUAGGAGCUUGAUCAUAUAUUCUUCUCAAUAUAAUUAUCACCGCAAUGAGCAUAUAGCCACUUCUUUUAGUCAAUAUUCCAGAGAUGGUGGAUACAGGGGGAGGAAGAAAUUGACGUCAAUGGUAAUCCCUAGCAUUUUUGUCCCAGAAGACUGGUCAUUUACUUUUUUUGAGGGAUUGAAUAGGCAUCCAGAUUCCAUCUUUAAGGAUCGAACAGUGGCGGAACUUGGUUGUGGGAAUGGGUGGAUAUCCAUCGCCAUUGCUGAGAAAUGGUUACCUUCGAAGGUCUAUGGUCUCGACAUCAACCCUCGAGCUGUAAAGAUUUCUUGGAUUAAUCUAUAUUUAAAUGCGUUGGAUGAGAAGGGCCAACCAAUUUUUGAUGGUGAGAAGAAAACCCUUUUGGAUAGAGUAGAGUUCCAUGAAUCUGAUCUACUGGCCUAUUGUAGAGACAAUGACAUCCAACUUGAGCGAAUUGUUGGAUGCAUACCUCAGAUUCUUAACCCAAAUCCAGAUGCUAUGUCCAAGAUGAUAACAGAAAAUGCAAGUGAGGAAUUUCUGUACUCGUUGAGUAACUAUUGUGCACUUCAGGGCUUUGUCGAAGAUCAGUUUGGAUUAGGUCUGAUUGCUAGGGCAGUUGAGGAAGGAAUAAGUGUUAUCAAACCCACAGGGAUUAUGAUCUUCAAUAUGGGAGGUCGUCCAGGACAAGCUGUUUGUAAGCGAUUAUUUGAACGGCGUGGCUUCCACAUUACCAAGCUUUGGCAGACAAAAAUUCUUCAGGCAGCUGACACUGACAUCUCUGCCUUGGUUGAAAUUGAGAAGAACAGUCCGCAUCGUUUUGAGUUUUUUAUGGGACUUUCAGGGGAUCAGCCUAUUUGUGCUCGAACAGCAUGGGCAUAUGGGAAGGCUGGUGGCCGCAUCUCUCAUGCCUUAUCAGUUUAUAGCUGUCAACUUCGUCAGCCAAAUCAGGUUAAGACAAUAUUUGAUUUUCUCAAGAGUGGAUUCCAAGAAAUCAGCAGUUCCUUAGAUUUAUCAUUUCAAGAUGAUUCUGUUGCUGAUGAGAAGAUUCCAUUCCUAGCUUAUCUUGCCAGCAUAUUGAAAGAUAGUGCAUAUUUUCCAUAUGAGCCACCAGCUGGGAGCUUGCGUUUCAGAAACCUUAUUGCUGGAUUCAUGAAAACAUACCACCACAUACCACUCAGUGCUGGAAAUGUUGUGGUGUUUCCAUCAAGGGCUGUGGCCAUUGAGAAUGCUCUUCGAUUGUUCUCCCCUCGCCUUGCCAUUGUGGAUGAACAUCUAACACGGCACCUACCGAGGCAAUGGUUAACUUCGCUCAAUAUUGAGACUGGAAUUGAUAGUGCCGCAGAUGAUGUACUUACGGUUAUUGAGGCCCCAAGCCAGUCAGAUUUAAUGAUGGAGCUGAUAAAGAAGCUGAAACCUCAGAUGGUGGUGACUGGGAUGGCUCAUUUUGAAGCUGUUACUAGUUCAGCUUUUGUGCACCUUUUGGAUGUUACAAGAGAAAUAGGUUCCCGUCUUUUCUUAGACAUAUCUGACCAUUUUGAACUAUCCAGUCUUCCAAGUUCCAAUGGAGUCCUAAAGUAUCUAGCAGGAAAUUCUCUCCCUUCUCAUGCAGCCAUUGUGUGCGGCUUGGUGAAAAAUCAGGUAUAUACCGAUUUAGAAGUAGCUUUUGUUAUUUCUGAAGAAGAAGCCAUUUUUAAGGCCUUGUCCAAGACUGUAGAAUUGUUAGAAGGGAACACCGCCCCUAUAAGUCAAUAUUAUUAUGGCUGUCUUUUUCAUGAACUACUUGCUUUUCAGCUAGCUGACCGCCAUCUACCUGCACAGAGAGAAUGCGACAAAAGUGCAAGUUCAAGAGACAUAAUUGGGUUUUCGAGUUCUGCCAUCUCAGUUCUCAGUAAUGCUGAGUUGUCAAUUGAUCAGACAGAGAAUUCUUCCCUGAUUCAUAUGGAUGUUGAUCAGAGCUUCUUGCCUACACCAAUUCCAGUCAAAGCUGCUAUUUUUGAAAGUUUUUCAAGACAGAACAUGUCUGAGUCAGAAAUAGAUGUCACCAAUAGCAUCAAGCAAUUUGUCAAAAGCAAUUAUGGGUUCCCUAUUGAAAACAAUACAGACUUUACAUAUGCUGAUAGCGCAUUAACAUUGUUUAAUAAGAUGGUUCUCUGUUGCAUCCAAGAAGGUGGAACACUGUGUUUUCCAGUUGGGACCAAUGGAAACUAUGUUUACAGUGCCAAAUUUUUGAAGGCAAAAGUUGUAAACAUACCUACCAAAUCCGAAGACGGAUUCAAGCUAACAGAGAAUGCAAUUAAUCAAGUACUCGAACACGUGAAAAGCCCAUGGGUGUACAUAUCUGGACCAACAAUUAACCCAACUGGUCUGAUUUAUGACCAGAAAGAAAUAGAGAAUUUGUUAACCGCUUGUGCUAAAUUUGGGGCUAGGGUCAUCAUUGAUACUUCAUCUUCAGGAUUGGAAUUUGAUUAUGAGGGCUGGGGUGGCUGGAAUCUGGAAGGAGUUCUAUCAAGGCUUUGCCGAUCUAGCAAUCCAUCGUUUUCUGUAUGUCUGCUUGGAGGACUAUCACCGGUGAUGCUAACGGGUGCCCUCAAAUUUGGUUUUCUGGUUUUGAACCAGCGACCUUUGAUCGACUUGUUCCAUAGCUUCUCAGGAUUAAGUAGACCUCAUAGCACAGUGAAAUAUGCUUUAAAGAAGUUGCUAGGACUAAGAGAGCAGAAAUCAGGAGACAUGUGGGAUGCUGUAACCAGACAGAUUAAGGACCUGAGAAGUAGAUCCAAUCGUCUGAAAGAGACACUUGGGAGCUGUGGAUGGGAUGUCCUUGAGUGCCAUGCCGGUGUCUCCGUGGUUGCCAAGCCCACUCUUUACAUGAACAAGACGAUCAGACUCAAGAAUGCCAUUGAUUAUGAAGUGAAGCUCGACGACUCAACCAUACGAGAAGCCAUUCUCAAGGCCACUGGUUUAUGCAUCAACAGCAGCUCAUGGACAGGAAUUCCUGGAUACUGUCGGUUCACAAUUGCGUUGGAGGAAAGUGAGUUUCAAAAGGCACUUGAUUGCAUUGCUGAGUUCAAAAGAAUUGCCUCCUCGUAAGUGCUCCUCUAUUGCACUUUCAUGUUUCCAUUUUCUCGUUGGUCCUUUCUUUGAGUUGAUCGACUCUAAAAAGGGCAAUUAAUUACUGAAAGUCAUUCCUUUUAAUCAAUGAAAGCCCCCUUAUUCCGUAGUAUCUUUGUUGAUACAUGGAAUUUAACGCAGAUACUUUUGCUCUUAUGUAUGUAUGUCAUUCCUUCAAGUGCCUAAAAAUUUGAAUUUCAUCUUUUAAUUAAUC